GUAGCAGCAGGGGGCAGCGCUUCACAUCCUCAAACUGACACCAAGCCUUUAGAGUCGCACCAGCAGCUGAUGGUUUCCACUAAACUGGUCCGGCUGAGCUCCGGGUGCGCUUCCAAGCGCUAUCACCAUAUUCCAACACGGAGUCCUGGAACAAGCAGCUAUGUGGAUCUUCUUCUGAACCAUGCCAAGAUACGCUGUUAUUGGGCCGAUACUGUCCGCCAUGCGGAGGCUGUUUACAGCACGUCUCAAUCCAGAUCAAUUAGAUUAUUGGAUUGACGGCAACAGAUUACAGCUCUCCUUCUUCCUCGAUGCUUCAUAAGAAAACCACAUCAGUGUGAUAUUUCACGCAGCGUUUUCGGAUAUAAAGACUGGCAGCCAUGCUGACCAGCUUUAUGGAGGGUCUUCUCUGUUGCCUCACCUCAAAGUCAACCAAUAUGGUGGUGCCUAUAGAAGCGUCAGAACCUGCCGACGGCUACGAGUUUGUGGAGGUGAAACCAGGCCGCAUCCUGCAGGUUCGACAUAUCAUCCCUGACCGGUCUGUGGUGGAGGAACCCAGUGGGCAGGGUGGGAGCAUCAGCUGCAAACGAAAGAUUACAGUGUAUCGUAAUGGACAGCUGUUCAUUCAGAACUUAGGCGACAGAGUGACUGCAGAGCUGAAAACCUGCCAGAAUGGAGAGAGAGAACUAAACAGUACUUUAGAGGUUGAACUGACAGACUGUGGGAACUCCUCACUGCCCGCCAGCAUCCUUGAGGCCAGGUCAGACUCCAACAUAGCUAGAAACAAUGGGGCAUCUGAAACAGGAGGAGAGGCGCCUGCAGCCGGUCGGACUGACCAUUCCCAGCAAGCCAGGAAGUGCAGGCGGAAGCCCAAGCGCACCGUGGUGAUCGACACUGAGAGGAAGAUAUCGGCCUGUAAAGGGACGCAUUCAGACGUGGCCCUGUUCUUCAUCCACGGAGUGGGGGGCUCGCUGGACAUAUGGGGAAGCCAGAUGGACUUCUUUUCCAGGCUGGGCUACGAAGUGAUUGCUCCAGACCUGGCAGGUCAUGGAGUCAGCUCAGUGCCACAGAUAGCUGCAGCGUACACUUUCUACGCCCUGGCUGAGGAUAUAAGGCAAAUUUUCAUGAGAUAUGCACGCAAGAGGAAUAUUCUCAUAGGACAUUCUUAUGGUGCGUCGUUCUGCACGUUCCUGGCCCAUGAAUAUCCUGAGCAGAUUCACAAGAUGGUGAUGAUCAAUGGAGGCGGUCCCACAGCUCUGGAGCCCAGCCUGUGCUCCAUCUUCAACCUGCCCACCUGUGUGCUCCACUGCCUCUCUCCGCUGCUGGCCUGGAGCUUUCUCAAGGCUGGCUUUGCUAGACAGGGUGCCAAGGAGAAGCAGCUGCUGAAAGAGAACAACGCCUUCAACGUGUCGUCCUUUGUGCUGCGCGCCAUGAUGAGCGGACAGUACUGGCCUGAGGGGGACGAGGUCUACCAUGCUGAGCUCACAGUGCCCACCCUGCUGGUUCACGGCAUGCACGACAAGUUUGUUCCCAUCGAAGAAGACCAGCGCAUGGCAGAGAUCCUCCUGAUGGCAUUCCUCAAGGUCCUGGAGGACGGCAGUCACAUGGUUAUGAUGGAGUGUCCUGAGGCUGUCAACACACUGCUGCAUGAGUUUUUCCUCUGGGAGCCCACCACCCCACCACCGCCAAAGAAAGACUCCAAAGCACGUCCAGACACUGCCAAAGCCCAAACUGACACCAAUACUACAUGUGAGUCUGCCAAGGUCCAAACCGCAACUGUCUGGCAGACCUCAUCGGACGGAGAAGCAGAGGCGGAGCCAGACAGCAAGGCCAAAAAAAUGAGUGGUGAUUAAAGCCGACUCAGGGUAAAGCUAGUGACACUAAAUCAUGGCUGGCUAUGCACGUUGUGUGUCGUUGUGACCUGAGCUGGUUGGAGUUGUUGAACCUGAUCAUGAGCCAGUUUCUCUGAAAUGGUCCAGCUGAAGGUUAUGAGGGUGGGACACUGUGCAGGGAGUUUGACUUUAUGUCAGCUGCAGUUUACAGCGCUCUGUCCUAAACGUACAACAGUUGAGAUACGGUUGCCUAGAUGUGCUGGGGUACGUGGAGCAGGGGACAGGAACAAUAACAUACAGCCACGAGGGGGAGGGUGAAAAUGAACCUGCCACUCAGAUGGGUACAGUUUUGAAAGGGAAACACUUGAAUGACUCUGCUGCUCCUAAAAGCAAAACAACUGGUUGGUGUGAAACAUGCUCCUGAUUUACUGCCUGUUAUGAUGCUCCAUGUAAAACACUGGCAGAGCCUUGUCAAACCGAGCUGGGUGGCUAACAAGCCUAAUGUAUUAAUUAGCCUUCUUGAAGUUUAAUUGUGACACACUUAUCCAGCUGUGAAAUAUUUAUGUGUGCACAUAAUGAUAUAUUUCAAACUUCAUUUGUUGUAGAAGGAGUUUUAAAGUGUUUAACACUACACACAAAAAGCUUUGAAGUUUGCAGGGGAAGCAGCAGCCUUACCUGUGACUUGCUGUAGUUAUGGGAUUGACUGUAAUAGCUACUUGUGGUGUUUAACGGAAACAGAAAAGGGUAUUUUGUGGGUGAUUGUGUUAGUGAUUGUAAUGAUUUGGACAGCAGUGAAAGUAAAUUUGCUGCUUCCAGUGAAAUAUGUGUUCAGUUACAUUAAGUUUAUCCUACAUUUGGCAAUAGUGGAGGCUCAGUGAUGAAUCCUGAUAUGACAGUAUGUGGACAGAUUGGGCCAAAGACUUUGCACAAGAGGAAAACUUGCAUUGAGAUGAAUCAGGGAGGUGCAAAACUUAGAGAUGACACCACACUAUUUUUGUAAUGUGGUCCUGUGCGGGUACUGUAGCAUUUGUGAUAUCACACUACAGCAAAAAGUCAGUAUUUACCUUUAAUAGUGUUAGAAAACACUUGUCCUCAUGUCAUAAACCCUUGGUUCACAUUGGGUGACCUUCUCUGAUCUCUGAGCUGUAGAUGAAGCACAAAUUCAACUGUUUUCUCUUGGCUCUUUGUGCUGUAUGUGAUAUUUUUAUUACAUAGAAUAUACUUUUAUACAUUGUACUUUGAUUUGUGAAGGGUAUUUAGAGAUGAAAUUGAAGUCCAUUAAAGAUGCAGACCUGCAGAUUUCGUGUUUAUGAAUGUCCCGAACUAAAGGAAACUGUCCAUUUUUAUCUUGUUUGCCUUUGACAGUGAUUUCCGUAACAAAUUGCAGUUUUUAAAAUGUUCAAUCUAUCAAAUAAAUGACUACAUGUGGUGAAUUUA